AAGGUGUGGAGACCUGAAGUGUUCUGAGCUCCCCUUACGGGCCUGCCAUACUCGCACCUACCUCACCUCUCUGGUUCUUGAACUUCUGCGGGUUAUAGAACCCCUUUGUGAAUUUCAUGAAAACCAUGGACCUUGUCUCCGAAAAAAUGUACAUAUAUGAAUGUGCACAUUUUGUAUGCGUUCUCAGGGAGUCAGAGCCCCCCCACCAGCCCAUCAUCCAUGGAUUCAUUUUAAUUUUCCCAGCCAUCCGUGAGCUGUAUGACUUUGGCUUUCAAGAUCCUCUUCCCACCAACCCUCCGAGCACUCAGCCGAAAAGAACUGUGCCUAAUCCGAGAACAACAUCACUGGCCUGACAUCAGACAAUUCAGCCAUUGGUCGAAAACAGAUCUGCUUCAUGGGCGCUGCUUCCUCCAGAGAAGAAAGCCAUUUCUGUCAUUUCAGGAAGGCAGUCUAAGACCGCGUGCCACCUGCCUUGUUUACUUGCCAAGGUUGCAUGUGGGACUCUGCAGUGGCCCCUGUGAGAUGGCUGAGCAACGGUUCUGUGUGGACUAUGCCAAGCGUGGCACAGCUGGCUGCAAAAAAUGCAAGGAAAAGAUUGUGAAGGGGGUGUGCCGAAUCGGCAAAGUAGUACCCAAUCCCUUCUCAGAUUCCGGGGGUGAUAUGAAAGAGUGGUACCACAUUAAAUGCAUGUUUGAGAAACUGGAGCGGGCCCGGGCCACCACGAAAAAAAUUGAGGACCUCACGGAGCUGGAAGGUUGGGAAGAACUGGAAGAUAAUGAGAAGGAACAGAUAAGCCAGCACAUUGCAGAUCUGUCUUCUAAGGCAGCAAGCACACCAAAGAAGAAAGCUGUUGUCCAGGCUAAGCUGACAGCCACUGGCCAGGUGACAUCUCCAGUGAAAGGUGCCUCAUUUGUCACCAAUACCAAUCCCCGGAAAUUUUCUGGCUUUUCAGCCAAGCCCAACAACUCUGGGGAAGCCCGCUCAAGCCCUACCCGUAAGACAAGUCUGUCCUCAAGCAAAUGUGACCCCAAGCACAAGGAUUGUCUGCUACGCGAGUUUCGGAAGUUGUGUGCCAUGGUGGCUGAAAAUCCUAGCUACAACACAAAGACCCAGAUCAUCCAGGACUUCCUUCAGAAAGGCUCAGCAGGAGAUGGUUUCCACGGUGACGUGUACCUAACAGUGAAGCUGCUGCUGCCAGGUGUUAUUAAGAGUGUUUACAACUUGAAUGAUAAGCAGAUUGUGAAGCUUUUCAGCCGCAUUUUUAACUGCAACCCAGAUGAUAUGGCACGAGACCUAGAGCAGGGUGACGUGUCAGAGACAAUCAGAGUCUUCUUUGAGCAGAGCAAGUCUUUCCCCCCAGCUGCCAAGAGCCUCCUUACCAUCCAAGAGGUGGAUGAAUUCCUCCUGCGGCUCUCCAGGCUCACCAAGGAGGAUGAGCAGCAACAGGCCCUGCAGGACAUCGCCUCCAGGUGUACAGCCAAUGACCUUAAGUGCAUCAUCAGGUUGAUCAAACAUGAUCUGAAGAUGAACUCAGGUGCAAAACAUGUGUUAGAUGCUCUUGACCCUAAUGCCUAUGAAGCCUUCAAAGCUUCACGCAACCUGCAGGACGUGGUGGAGCGGGUCCUCCACAAUGAGCAGGAGGUGGAGAAGGAGCCCGGCCAGAGACGAGCUCUGAGUGUCCAGGCCUCACUGAUGACCCCGGUGCAGCCCAUGCUGGCCGAGGCCUGCAAGUCCAUUGAGUAUGCGAUGAAGAAGUGUCCUAACGGCAUGUUCUCUGAGAUCAAGUAUGAUGGGGAGCGAGUCCAGGUGCAUAAGAACGGGAACCACUUCAGCUAUUUCAGCCGCAGUCUCAAGCCCGUCCUGCCUCACAAGGUGGCCCACUUUAAGGACCACAUCCCCCAGGCUUUCCCUGGAGGCCACAGCAUGAUCUUGGACUCUGAGGUGCUCCUGAUUGACAACAAGACAGGCAAACCACUGCCCUUUGGGACUCUGGGAGUGCACAAGAAAGCUGCCUUCCAGGAUGCUAAUGUCUGCCUGUUUGUUUUUGAUUGUAUCUACUUCAAUGAUGUCAGCUUGAUGGACAGGCCUCUGUGUGAGCGGCGGAAGUUUCUUCAUGAUAACAUGGUUGAAAUUCCCAACCGGAUCAUGUUCUCAGAAAUGAAGCGAGUCAUGAAAGCUUCAGACUUGGCCGACAUGAUAAACCGGGUGAUCCGAGAGGGCUUGGAAGGGCUGGUGCUGAAGGACGUGAAGGGUACAUAUGAGCCUGGAAAGCGGCAUUGGCUGAAAGUGAAGAAAGACUAUUUGAAUGAGGGGGCCAUGGCUGACACAGCUGACCUGGUGGUCCUUGGGGCCUUCUAUGGGCAAGGGAGCAAAGGUGGCAUGAUGUCCAUCUUCCUCAUGGGCUGCUAUGACCCAAGCAGCCAGAAGUGGUGCACAGUCACCAAGUGUUCAGGAGGCCAUGAUGACGCGACACUUGCCCGCCUGCAGAAGGAACUGGACAUGGUGAAGAUCAGCAAGGAUCCCAGCAAGAUACCCAGCUGGCUGAAAAUCAAUAAGAUCUACUAUCCUGACUUCAUCGUCCCAGACCCAAAGAAAGCUGCCGUGUGGGAGAUCACAGGGGCUGAAUUCUCCAAAUCUGAGGCUCACACUGCCGAUGGGAUCUCCAUCCGAUUCCCUCGCUGCACCCGAAUCCGUGAAGAUAAGGACUGGAAAUCUGCCACUAACCUCCCCCAACUCAAGGAACUGUACCAACUGUCCAAGGAGAGGGCUGACUUCACUGUAGUGGCUGGAGAUGAGGGGAGCUCCACUAUAGGGGGCAGCAACGGAGAGAAUGAGGGCACCUCGGGGCCUGCUGUGUCUUGCAAGGCCCCCCGAGCGUCCCCUAAGCAGCCGUCCACCAGUGCCAAGAAGGCAGGAGGGAAGCUGAGUAGCCCCAACAGCAAAGGCGGCAGCAAGCUGACUGCAAAGCCAUCCCCUGUGAAAGCGGGAGAGAAGCUGGUUACAGAGUCUUCUCCCGUGAAAACGGGGGAGAAGCGGAAGGCUCCCGAUGAGACCCCAUGCCAAACAAAGGUGCUGCUGGACAUCUUCACUGGGGUGCGGCUCUACCUGCCGCCCUCCACACCAGACUUCAGCCGUCUCAGACGCUACUUUGUGGCAUUUGAUGGGGACCUGGUGCAGGAAUUUGACAUGGCUUCAGCCACACAUGUGCUGGGUAGCAGGGACAAGAACCCUGAGGCCCAGCAGGUCUCCCCGGAAUGGAUUUGGGCAUGUAUCCGGAAACGGAGACUGGUAGCUCCCUGCUAGGACUGCCACCUUCCCUCUCCCUCAUGCCUUACUCUUUCCUACCACACUGCUGUACUGGGCUCUGGCUGGGACAGGCAGGCGAGGGGCAGAACAGGGUGGGGAUGGGCUUUCUUCUCCAAGCAGUGCAUCUUCCCAAACCCACCAGCCGUGCAUGGUCUCUUCCCGACCAGGAGUUAGUUGCAGUGGGUGCCACCAAUCAAGUCACUUUCUCCUGCUGGUUUCCAUAGAUCUUUCAGAUCUGGGUGCUGGUUUUUCCGUCUUUAAAAAGCUUUUUUUUUUAAUAAAUAAAAUAUCUUGCAGUUAUUUCUGUCCUUUUCCCCCCAACACCUCCGAAAAUUUCCCUAGCAAUUAAGCAGAGAAAUCUUGGCUGUUGAACUGUCCAUAAAGCCAUUCCUGAUGGCAAUCACCUCUCCCUCCUUGCCUGCCCCUUUUGCUUCCAGGCUCAUUUUAAAGUUGUAUUUAAAAGACUGCUCUCAGAAAUGCCUCUUAUAGUUGGCAAAACUUGUAUUCAGCCUGGCCUGUUUUGCCAGGAAUGAAGCCUCAUUUGAAAGAAGAAAAAAUUAAUUUUAUGACUUAAUUCUCCAUGUUGUUCUCCUAUUACAGAGUGUGGGUCCCAGUUUAAAGGGAGGGAACCAGGAUCAGGUAGGAAAAUGGGGCCUCUAUGAAGAAAAGGGAGGUUGUUUGGGCUAUUUCUCUGUGGGAUACAGGGCUCCAGGAGGCUCUGCCUCCCCAAAAUCGGAAACAAGACUGCUCUUUAAGAGAAAAACCCGCCUGAGAACAAAUCUAUACAAUCUGCUUACAAAGAACAGCUCCUGUGCCACCGAGGCUGAUCUAUUUAAAUAAAAGGAAAACAAUUUAGUAUAGACGAGUGCUUGUUCCAUAGAACUUUCUGCGGCAAUGGAAAUAUCCUGUAAAUCCUCAGUGGCUGCUUUGAACUAGCCACAUUCAGCUGUUGAGCACUUGAAAUGUGUCUAACACAACGGAGGAACUGAAGUUUUCGUUUUAAUUCAACUUUAAAUGGUCACAUGUGGCUAGUGACUACCACAUUGGACAGUGUGGGUGUAGACAGACCUGGUUCAAAUCUGAGCCCUGAAACUUAAGAGCUGUAACCUUAGCAAGUUGUUUAACAUCUGAGCUUCCAUUCUUCCAAGAGGAAUGGGGAUAGGAAUUGCACCUGAAUCACAGAGUUGCUGUAAAGAAUAAAUGAACUCAAGAUACCUUCUAUGAAGCACUUAGCACAGAGCUGGCACAGAGUUAUCUAGAGUUGGGAAAAUCAACAUUGGCAUGCAUGGCCAGACCCUACCCAGGAGGAGGGCGCCCUGGCUUCUAAUUUCAGAACUCUUGUCAGACCCCUUCCACAGCCUCACGUCUGCACGUUACAGCUUACGUUGUGGGCUGAGAGCACACUUGUCAGGUUGCCAUCUGGUUCUAGACUGGCUUCCGUGUUCUUAGUUCUGCUGACUCCUGAGGGUCAGUUCUCUUUUUCUCUUAGUCACAAAUCAGCAGGCUUGUUUGUCCUUCCUCUGUGAGUUAGGUUAAUGCGAUUCAGCCUCUGGAACAUACUUGAGUGGGCCUAUAAGAUUGAGGACCACUACCUCCCCCAGCCCUCCUCCAGGGUGCUCAACUAAGGUAAUACUCUGCUGGGAGGCUGCUUGCCAGUCAGCUUGGAGGCCAACUUGAACCUCACUGAACUGAGUUUCCACCUGCUGGAUAAAAUGUGUUGGGAGGAAGGUGCAGGAGGGGGAAGUACUGCCCUGACUAGCCCAGGACAUUGGGUGUUUUCAGAUAGGCACCAUUCAGUCUGGCUUCAGUAUCAAGAAUAAGACACUCUUUAUUCUGUGUCCUGUGGAGACAAAAGCUGCUGCUCCUCUGAGCACUGACCUACAUAAAUUUUCAUCCCCGUCUCCAGCCUCCCCAGGCCAAGCAACUGGACAGGGCGGCAGAACAAGGCUCUCCCCUUGGGAUUCUGCCACUGACACUGCCCUUGGGCCCAGCUGAUCUAGACUCAGCCCCACCGGCCUUUACUGGCCGCUUACACUCAGGGUGCACCCUCACAGCAAAGCGGCCCUGCCAGCUGCAGGGCAUCAUCUCAGUAAUGAGCUUGGCCCUUUGGCCCUUCCCUGUCUUGCUGGGUGUCAUCUCCAAUUCACUGUUGAAGGUGUUUUGUCUGUUUCCUUCCAGUCUUUCUGACACACGGUUUUCUGUGCAGCUGAGAUUAUACUGUAUAUACGGUUUUGUAUCCUUGCAUGUAUUUCCACAGACCCUAAGCAACAUCAUCUUAAACCUCCCCAGAAUGUUGGAGGCCCUCCUUUGGGUCUUUGUUUACAUGCUGCUGGUUGGCAGCAGACAAGAGGUCAUCCUGGGCGCUCAAUGGGUCAGCCACCCUGAACAAUGAGGACAAAGUGCUGUGGCUCAGCCUCGAGCCUUUACGCACUUUAGGCAAGAUUCCUUCCUCUUCUCUUCUCAGUCACAGGCAGAUCUGCACAUAACCUAGUUUUCCCAAAGGCUGCCUUCUUGGGAGCCCCCUCCCCUGGGCACCUGGUCAGAAAGGUAUAUACAGGCCUGUGCACACACAGCAGUAUGCCCAUGAGGAUGGGCCAACCUCUGAGCCAUACUCCAGCUACCCCAGCUGUAUCCAAAAGCUACCAUCCAUCUCCCAGGGUCACCCAAAGACUUAACUGGGCACACUGGCUGUCCUCAGAUCCCUCUCUACCCACAUCCUUAAGGCCCAUCUCUACCAAAUCAGCAUCAAUGUCUGAACUCACUUGGUACUUCUUCCUAUUUGGUCAUAGGAUUGGUCCUUUUUCUACCCAGCUCCCAUCCUCUUCUAGGCAGUUCCAUACUAGUUGUGAGAUCUUGAACACGUCACUCCACCACCAAGCUUCAGGUUCUUUGUCUGUUGAACAGGGAUAUCUUGAUCAAGGCCACAGAGCCCAAGCAUGUUCAAAAAGAAUGCAGUCUUGAGCAGGCCUGUGUGCUCAUGGCCUGGGAUUAGCCUGUGGUUUAUCACCUCCUUAACUAUCAGACCUCUGGCAUCCUCACACCAGAUCGGACAGGCAUCUAUAUUGAAACUUUAUUACAAAAUUAUAAAGCAGAGCUCUGUAACAAAAAAUACACAUUUGGGUUUGCUUUAACACCCAAGUAAGUCUGAAAGAAUCUUAAUAUAAGCCACAUGAAGUAACACAUUCACAUCCAAAAGAUUUCAACAAAUUUAUACAAUAUGUAUUGAGCACUGAUUUCUGUACAGUUUAUUCUUAUUUGCAUCCAACUAGUCCAAUGUAUUCUGAACCAGUCAGCUCCCCAAGUCUUUGAAAACAAGUCUCAACUGAAAUCUCAGAACAAUCACAGCAAGAGCCAUGGAAUAAUUGGAAGAAUUAGAUGUUUCCAUGAUAAUUAAGACCAAGGAUCCAGGAGGGGCGGGAGGGAGCAGUCAAGGAUAAAAAUCACGUUUUCUAUAAGGUUAGAUAGUAAUUGAAAUGGAAUUUUGGAAUUCUCAACUUUUAUUUGGUGUAAUAAUAAAGAAAAUACAAAAAAAAAAA